GAUUGAAUUUCUCUCAUGUGUUUCAAUAAUGACAUUUAACUUGAAAAGUAAUACAUUUUUGUAAUUAUUUUGAGCAAAUUAAUCAUAUGAAGAGGUCUUAUUGAAUACAAUAAUGGGGCUAGUUUUUGAGUCUAUUGUUACGGACAUUUUGGCCGUGGCUAUUGUUGUACUGACUGCCGUAUAUUGGUGGCUCACGCAAAACAACAAUUAUUGGCAGAAACGUGGCGUUCCAACCACAAAACAAAAGUCCCUUUUGUUUGGCAGCAUGUCGGAAGUUUUUCUACUCAAACGAUCCGUGGCUCUAUUCUUUCAAAACAUGUACAACGAGCACCCGGACGCACGAUAUAUUGGCUUUUACAAAAUGAAAAAACCAUCCCUUCUCAUCAGAGACCCGGAGUUGAUUAAAAAUAUUCUGGUAAAAGACUUCAAAAGCUUCCAUGACAACACAUUUCUGGUUGACGAGAAACGAGACCCUGUAAUUGCGAACCACUUGUUUGUUUUGAGUGGCUGGAAAUGGAAGUACGUUCGAACAAGAGUAACCCCCGCCUUUACCACUGGAAAAAUCAAGCACAUGUUUCCCUUGAUGACGGAAACUUGCGAAGAUUUGAUGAAAUUCAUUGCAAAGAACAACAAUGGCGACAGCAUCGAUGCCAAAGCCUUGGCCUCGCGUUUUAAAAUCGACGUGUCCGCCCUCUGUGCGUUCGGCGUCAAGAGCAAUGCAUUGAACGACGAGGACAGCGUAUUCAAACGAAUGGGAAUAGGCUUUUUGAACUCUUCAAAAUUCAAAGUCAUAGUCAACCUUAUAGUUUACUUCUCACCUGAGCUUAUGCAAUUUCUGAAAAUGACAUUCGUCCCGGAAAAGUUCGGCAAUUUCUUAAAAUCGUUGAUCGCAGACAUGAUGGAGCUGCGCAAAAAGAAGAACAUUUCACGGCCCGACUUCAUCAACACGUUGAUGGAACUGAAAGAAAAAGGCGCCAUCAAAGAAGAGCAUGACGACGGAGAACACAAAUUGCGGAGCGGUUCGGCAGACGUUUAUGACGUUGGCGACAAAAAAAUCGAAUGGACACCUGAUGUGCUUGCCGGGUCGCUGAUGGGUUUCGUCGGCGAUGGUUUUGAAACGACGUCAACGCUUAUUAGUUUUGCCCUUAUCGAGCUUGCCAACCACCCGCACGUGCAGGAAAAAUUAAUACAAGAGAUGGACGAGGUGUUGGAAAAAUAUGAUGGGAAAGUUUUUUACGAAGCUCUCUAUGAGAUGCCUUACUUGGAAAAAGUUUUUUGCGAAAUUCUUCGGAAGUACCCACCGAUCGCACUAAUGAUGCGAAAGUGCACUGAAAACUAUCAGGUGCCGGAUUCGGACCUGGUAAUCGUCAAGGGCACACCAGUUACUAUUCCGAUCUAUUCCCUGCAUAUGGACCCCACGUACUGGCCCGAGCCUGAUAAAUUUGACCCCGAAAGGUUCAGCCCUGAGAAUAAAAAGAAAAUCGUUCCGAGCACGUAUCUUCCAUUCAGCGAUGGCCCCAGAACUUGUGUUGGUAACAGGUUUGGAAACGUGCAGGUGAAGGCUGCCCUCAUUUACAUAUUUCAGCAAUACACUAUCAGACCGUCGGAAAAAACAUCAUAUCCAGUGAAAUUGUCCCCGAACAUUGCAAUUCAUCCAACGGAAGGAAUUCACGUGUAUUUCGAGCCAAGGAGUAAAUACACGUCAAUGGGGCUAGUUUUUGAGUCUCUUGUGACAGACAUUUUGGCCGUGGCCAUUGUUGCUCUGACUGCCGUUUAUUGGUGGCUCACGCAAAACAACAAUUAUUGGCAGAAACUUGGCGUUCCAACCACAAAACAAAAAUCUAUAUUGUUUGGCAGCCUGUCGGAAAUUUUGCUACUGAAACGUUCAGUGGCUUUAUUUUUUCAAGCCAUGUACAAUGAACACCCGGACGCAAGGUAUAUUGGCUUUUACAAAUUGAAAAAACCAGCCCUUCUCAUCAAAGACCCAGAACUGGUAAAAAACGUAUUAUCCAAAGAUUUCAAAAGCUUCCAUGACAACGCAUAUACGGCUGACGAGAAACGCGACCCUGUGUUUGCAAACCACUUGGCGAUCCUGACAGGCUGGAAAUGGAAGUAUGUUCGCACCAGAAUCAACCCCGCGUUUACCAUUGGAAAAGUCAGGCACAUGUUUCCCUUGAUGAUGGAAAUAUGCGAAGAUUUAAUGAAUUUCAUUGAAAUGAACUUGAAAGGCGAUAGCAUCGACGCCAAAGCGAUGGCCGCCCGCUUCAAAAUCGAUGUGGCCGCCCUUUGUGCGUUCGGCGUCAAGAGCAACGCACUGAACGAAAAGGACAGCGUUUUCAAAAGAUUGGGAAUUGGCCUUUUUAACGCAUCCAAAUUGAAAGUCCUCAUCAACAUUUUCAUGUACUUUUCACCUGAGACUAUGAGCAUUCUGAAAAUGAAGUUCAUUCCGGAGAAGUUAUGCAAUUUCAUGAAGUCGUUGAUCGCAGACAUGAUGGAACUGCGCAAAAAGAAGAACAUUACACGGCCUGACUUCAUCAACAUGCUGAUGGAACUGAAGAAAAAAGGCACCAUUAAAGAAGAGCAUGAAGAUGGAGAACACAAAUUGCAGAGCGACUCAACCGACAUUUAUGACUCACAAUCAGUCGAAAAAAAAUUUGACUGGACCCUCGAUGUGUUUGCCGGGUCACUGAUGGGUUUUAUCGGCGAUGGUUUUGAAACUACGUCCACUGUUAUAAGUUUUGCACUCAUCGAGAUUGCUAACCACCCACACGUGCAGGAGAAAUUAAUACAAGAGUUGGACGAGGUGUUGGAAAAAUAUGAUGGGAAAGUUUUUUACGAAGUCCUCCUUGAGAUGCCUUACAUGGAACAAGUAAUUUCUGAAAUCCUUCGAAAGUACCCGCCGCUUGCACUAGUCUUGCGACAGUGCACCGAAGACUAUCGGGUGCCGGAUUCGGACCUGGUAAUCGCCAAGGGUACGCCAGUUACUGUUCCAAUCUAUUCCCUGCACAACGACCCUAAGUACUGGCCCGAACCUGACAAGUUUGACCCUGAAAGGUUCAGCCCUGAGAAUAAAAAGAAAAUUGUUCCAUUCUCUUAUAUACCGUUCAGCGAGGGCCCCAGAAUUUGCAUUGGUUAUAAGUUUGGACAAGUGCAAAUUAAGGCUGCACUCAUAUCCAUUCUGAAGCAGUACACCAUCAGACCGUCAGAAAAAACUUCGUAUCCAGUGAAAUUGUCCCCAAGUCUGGCAAUUCACCCAAUGGAGGGAAUUCACGUGUACUUCGAGCCAAGAAGUAAAUAAUUUACAUUCCAAAACCAAAAUGUUUUUAUGUAUUUACACGUUUAUUGCUGUAAACGGUGUGGAUUAAAUUUAUA